AUGGUUAUGGAUCGAGCGAACGAAUGUUCUCUUAAUGAUAUAGAUGAGACAUCUCACCUGCUUCCACAAGACUCACCUACAGCGACAUCUAUCGGACGUCGUUGGUUUAUUACUUUUGCAUUGAUCGCGGGUGGAGCCAUGCUAUUCGACAUUGCCGAUAGUAUUGGCUCCGCUGCCGAAACAGCCAUACUAGAGGGCAUUAUUUGUCGCAAAUACUAUUGUACGACCAUUAUUGGCGACAUUGGAUCGGAAAAAUGCAAAAUAGAGCCUAUUCAGACAGAGAUGGCUUAUUUAAACGGUUGGAGAGUAACAUUCGAGACAAUUCAUGGUAAAUCCCAGACAUCUCUUUGA